AUGGUCAAAUUUGAUUCAUCUGAGUCUCCAAGCUGGCAAUUUGCCUCGGCUCUUGAGCUCCUGGAGUCCCCCGCGGACAAGGGCGCUUCGGCGAGAUCAAGUUGCCACCCAGAAUCACUGAUUGAUGUCCAAGAUCACCAAGAUCAGCGCAACAAAGAUGUCUCCUAUCGUGCUAUAAAUCAGGCCGUUAGUCUUGCUUCCAAGCGCAGUCAUGCCAAUUUAGGCGACUUCCAUCACUUGUGGGACCUCUUGGACUCUUCAAUGCCCAACAUCCCCACCUCUAAGCCUGAUGAUGCUCACUUAGCAACGCAGCCCUCUUCAGCUUUUAGCAUUCUCGAGAGACCCGUCAAGUCCCGCACUGGGUACGAUUCUCUUGAUAACACUGAUCACGACACUGAUCACAACGCAACCGAAUAUGCCCAACCCGCGUCUAAAGCCUCUCCGGGCGACGACCAAUCGAACUCCGAGACCCUCCCCGAUGCCAGGGGACGCUCUUCGAAACGCCCGCCUCAGCCAACCACGAUCCUGAAGCGGGAAUUGGUAGACAAGUCCACGAGUGCGGAUACCAAGGCGGAUUCUGAUGUUCUGCGAGCCCGGCCACGAGCCAUUGUUGGGGCCGGUACUCUGAAUACGCCUAGGCGGAACCCCCAACCUCGAAGUUCUCGCAAUGAGACUCCAAUCAGAGUCAGCAAUGCAGCCUACUCUUCUGAGGCUAGUGCUGGAGCGGAGUCCGACUCCAGCUUCAUCUUUGAUCGUCCCAAUCACCGGAGAUUUGGGGACCUGCCAUUUGUCCCGUCUCAGAUCGGAACACUCGACGCUCAAGCCACCCGUUAUGAUACGCCCCCUUCCUCGUUCGAGGAUCAAGGCAUCUCUUUGAAUGCAAAUACUAUUGCAGCCCUUGCACCUGGAGGUCGUGCUCUUGCCAGCCUCUACAAAUCGUCGACUGAGCGCCGAGUAGCCUUGACGACCAAGCUUCUCAACCAGUUUCCCGAAUACACCAAUCUCGUUGUCUCUGCCGGACAGUCUCCCAUAGGAUUUUCGGGUAGUUCUAAAUCUAUCCAUAUCAUUGUUGAUAUUUCCAACAUCCUGGUUGGAUUUUAUGAUACAGUGAAACUGUCUCGCAAUAUCCCCCUGGAGACCCGAAUUCGUCGUCUCCACAUGUCAUUCGCCAACCUUGCUUUGAUCAUGGAACGAGGCCGCCACGUCGCUAAGAAAGUGUUGGUCGGGUCGGACAGACUGCCUUAUCUCGACGAAGCCGAAAGGUUGGGCUACGAGAUUAACAUUUUAGAUCGUGUGCAAAAAUUCAAGCACCACACACCCCGCCACAAUAACAGGCCCCGAAACCUUUCUGGCUCUAACUCACAUGGGGCAGGCGGUCCUGAAACGGUCGCCUCCUCCAAGCGGCAAUUCAGAGAGCAGGGUGUGGACGAACUUCUGCACCUGAAGAUGCUAGAGAGUGUUCUAGACUCCGAGCCGGCUACUAUUGUUCUGGCCACUGGAGAUGCCGCGGUCGCCGAGUUUUCGGGCGGCUUUAUGGUCAUGGCUGAGCGCGCCCUUGAGCGUGGCUGGUCCAUUGAGCUUGUCAGCUUCACCCAAGUGACAAGCUACGCUUAUCGAAAGAAAGAGUUCCGCGCCAAAUGGGGCGAUCAAUUUAAGAUAGUUGAGCUGGAUCCAUAUAUCGAAGAGCUAUUUGACUGA